CUUGGCCUAAGCUUGAGUCUGUUCGUCGUUCGUCUGUUGUUAGGCGUUGACUUGGAGUGGGGAAUUAAUUUGUGCUUAGAAAAAAUUAAUUUUCUCCGGAAAAUAAAUUUCAAACAGUGAUUAGUGAUAGUGAUCUGUUCGUAAGAUAAAAUAUACUUUCAAAGUAUAGAAAAUGGAUCAAAUACCACCUCCCAAAGAGGUUAAAAUCCUCGAAACUGCAGAAGAUAUUCAAGAGCGUCGACAAGAAGUUCUUUCAAGAUAUGACAAUUUCAAAGCUGAUGCUAGGGCUAAACGUGAAAAAUUGGAAGACUCUAGAAGAUUUCAGUACUUCAAACGUGAUGCUGACGAAUUAGAAUCUUGGAUUUUGGAAAAACUCCAGGCAGCUUCAGAUGAAAGUUACAAAGAUCCAACCAAUUUACAAGCAAAAAUUCAAAAGCAUCAAGCUUUUGAAGCUGAAGUGGCUGCUCACAGCAAUGCUAUUGUUGUUUUAGAUAAUACUGGACGAGAAAUGAUUAAUCAAAAUCAUUACGAAAGCGAAACCAUCAGAAGGAGAUUAGAGGAACUACAUAGACUAUGGGAGCAGUUACUAUCAAAACUUGCUGAAAAGGGCAUGAAACUGCAACAAGCUUUGGUGUUAGUUCAGUUUAUUCGUCACUGUGAUGAAGUUAUGUUUUGGAUCAAUGACAAGAGUACAUUCCUCUCUACUGAAGAGUUUGGUCAUGAUUUAGAACAUGUAGAAGUACUCCAGCGCAAAUUUGACGAGUUCCAAAAAGAUAUGGCUUCUCAGGAAUAUCGUGUGAGUGAGGUAAAUGAACUGGCUGAUAAAUUAUUGCAGGACGGUCAUCCAGAAAGAGAUCAAAUAGUCAAUAGGAAAGAGGAACUAAACAAUGCUUGGCAACGUUUGAAACAGAUGACCCUAAUGAGACAAGAUAAACUCUAUGGAGCACAUGAAAUUCAAAGGUUCAAUAGGGAUGCAGAUGAAACUGUGGCAUGGAUUGCUGAAAAAGAUGUUGUUCUUUCUUCCGAUGACUAUGGAAGAGAUUUAGCAAGUGUUCAAGCACUUCAGCGAAAACAUGAAGGAGUCGAGAGAGAUCUUGCAGCUUUAGAAGACAAAGUGUCAACUUUAGGGAAGGAAGCAGAUAGACUGUGUUCUAUCCAUGGAGACCAUGCUAACAUUAUUCAAUCCAAAAGAGCUGAAAUUGAAGAUUAUUGGCAUAGUUUGACUGCUAAAGCUAAAGAAAGACGUGAAAAACUAGAGGAAUCUUAUGCUUUGCAUCGGUUUCUAGCAGAUUUCAGAGAUUUGGUCUCUUGGAUAAAUGACAUGAAAGCUAUUAUUUCUGCUGAUGAAUUGGCAAAGGACGUAGCAGGUGCUGAGGCACUUCUAGAAAGACAUCAAGAACAUCGAGGGGAAAUUGAUGCAAGGGAAGACAGCUUCAUUGCAACAACAGAAGCUGGAAAAUUGUUGCUAGAAAAUGGGCAUUAUGCUAGUGAUGAAGUAAAAGAAAAACUGUCCAUGUUGGAUUCUGAUAAAAGAUCACUCAUUGCGUUGUGGGAUGAGAGACGUAUUUUAUAUGAACAGUGUAUGGAUUUGCAACUUUUUUACCGUGAUACUGAGCAAGCUGACACAUGGAUGGCUAAACAAGAAGCAUUUUUAGCCAAUGAAGAUUUAGGUGACUCUUUGGAUUCAGUUGAGUCCCUCAUAAAAAAACACGAAGAUUUUGAGAAAUCUCUAGCAGCACAAGAAGAGAAAAUCAAGGCUCUGGAUGAAUUUGCUACAAAGUUAAUUGAUGGAGAACAUUAUGCUGCCGAUGAUGUUGCCCAAAGGAGAGCUAUGCUUCUAGAACGUCGUAAGGCUUUGAAAGAAAAAUCAAGUAUUCGUAAGGAAACCUUAGAAGAUGCAUACAAACUUCAACAAUUUGAACGUGAUUGUGAUGAAACUAAAGGUUGGAUUAAUGAAAAACUAAAAUUUGCUACCGAUGAAAGUUACUUAGAUCCAACCAACUUGGGAGGAAAAGUACAGAAGCAUCAAAAUUUCGAGCAAGAACUCACUGCUAACAAGUCAAGAAUGGAAGAUAUUACUUCAACUGGUCAAGAAUUGAUUGAAGCUAAACAUUAUGCCUCUCCCCGUAUUCAAUCUCGUAUGGAAGAAAUCGUUAAUCUUUGGGAAACCUUGGUACAAGCCACAGAUAAAAAGAACUCCAAGUUGCAGGAAGCUAGCCAACAGCAGCAAUUCAAUCGAACUAUCGAAGAUAUCGAACUUUGGUUAUCAGAAAUUGAAGGCCAGUUAAUGUCCGAAGAUUAUGGCAAAGAUCUUACGUCUGUGCAAAAUUUGCAGAAAAAACAUGCUCUGCUUGAAGCAGAUGUUGCUUCCCAUCAAGAUAGAAUUGAAAGUAUUACUUCAGCUGCGAACCAGUUUGUUGAGCGUGGUCAUUUUGAUGCUGAUAAUAUUGCCAAUAAACAGAAAGUUCUUACAGAUCGUUAUACAGCUUUACAAACUCCAAUGGCAGUUCGAAAACAGAGAUUGCUUGACUCACUUCAAGUUCAACAACUCUUCAGAGACAUUGAAGAUGAAGAGGCUUGGAUUAGAGAAAAGGAACCUAUUGCUGCUAGUACAAAUCGAGGUCGAGAUUUAAUUGGAGUACAAAAUUUGAUAAAGAAACAUCAGGCGGUUUUGGCAGAAAUCAAUAACCAUGAUGGUCGUAUUCGAACUGUCAUCGACGCAGGUAAACAAAUGAUGGAAGAUGAACAUUUUGCCAGUGACGAGAUAAGAAAUAGAGUGGCUUCACUCAACGAUCAUUGGGAAUCACUCAAAGAGAAAUCUAGCCAGCGAAAACAAGAUUUGGAAGACUCUCUUCAAGCACACCAAUAUUAUGCAGAUGCAAACGAAGCAGAAUCUUGGAUGAAGGAAAAGGAACCUAUCGUGAGCAAUCCAGAUUAUGGUAAAGAUGAGGACUCGUCAGAGGCUCUGUUGAAAAAACAUGAGGCUCUAAUGAGUGAUUUGACUGCUUUUGGCAAUACAAUUGAAGCAUUGAAAGAACAGGCACGCAGCUGUCGGCAACAAGAACCUCCUGUUGUAGAUGUAACAGGUAGAGAAACAGUUCAGGCUUUAUAUGAUUACACUGAAAAAUCUGCCAGGGAAGUUUCCAUGAAGAAAGGAGAUUUAUUGCAUUUGUUGAAUUCCAACAACAAGGAUUGGUGGAAAGUGGAAAUUCAUGACCGUCAAGGAUUUGUUCCAGCAGCUUAUGUUAAAAAAGUUGAGGCUGGUCUUACAGCAUCCCAACAAAACCUGAUUGAUAACAACUCAAUUUCUGCCAGACAGAAUCAAAUCAAUCAACAGUAUGACCGUCUUCUUGCUUUAGCUAAUGAAAGAAGGAACAAACUUGAUGAAACUGUUAAAGCAUAUGUUCUUGUACGUGAAGCAGCUGAAUUGGCAGGUUGGAUUAAAGAUAAGGAGAUGCAUGCACAAGUUCAAGAUGUUGGUGAAGAUUUAGAGCAAGUUGAAGUAAUGCAAAAGAAGUUUGACGAUUUCCAAACUGAUUUGAAAGCUAAUGAAGUUCGAUUGGCGGAAAUGAAUGAAAUCGCAAUGCAACUUGUAUCCCUUGGUCAAACAGAAGCCGCCUUAAAGAUUCAGACACAAAUGCAGGACUUGAAUAAUAAAUGGACUAGUUUACAGCAGCUGACUAGUGAAAGGGCUAACCAGCUAGGAUCUGCUCAUGAAGUACAAAGAUUCCACAGAGAUGUUGAUGAAACUAAGGAUUGGAUCAAUGAAAAGGACGAGGCUCUAAACAAUGAUGACCUUGGCAAAGAUUUGAGGAGUGUACAAGCUUUACAAAGGAAACAUGAAGGUUUAGAAAGGGAUUUAGCGGCAUUGGGUGAUAAGAUCAAACAAUUGGAUGAAAUUGCAAACCGUCUCGUGACUUCUCAUCCUGAUACUGCUGAACAAACUCUUUUGAAACAACAAGAGAUCAAUGAAAUGUGGACACAACUCACUGCAAAGGCAAAUAGUCGCAAAGAAAAACUUCUGGAUUCAUACGAUUUGCAAAGGUUCCUUAAUGAUCAUCGUGAUUUACUUGCUUGGAUCAAUUCAAUGUUGGGAUUAGUCAGCUCUGAAGAAUUGGCUAAUGAUGUUACUGGCGCUGAAGCUCUCAUCGAACGGCACCAGAACUACAAGGCUGAAAUAGAUGCAAUGUAUGGCGUACGUGUGCCCCAGGAACACCGCACAGAAAUUGAUGCUCGAGCAGGAACUUUCCAUGCAUUGGAACAAUUUGGGCAGCAGUUACUAAACUCAAACCAUUACGCAAGCCCAGAAAUUCAAGAGAAGUUGGAACAGCUCAAUAAUGCCAGAGAAGACCUAGAAAGAGCCUGGAUCGAUAGACGUUUACAAUUAGACCAGAACUUGGAACUCAACCUCUUCUACCGAGAUUGUGAACAAGCUGAAAAUUGGAUGUCUGAUAGAGAAGCUUUCCUGGCUUCUGACGAAGUGGAUUCCAAUGGUGAUAAUGUUGAAGCAUUAAUAAAGAAACAUGAAGACUUUGACAAAGCUAUCAAUGCUCAUGAAGAAAAGAUUGCAACACUUCAAACAUUGGCUGAUCAACUCAUUGGACGGGAACAUUACGCUUCAGUGCCUAUUGAUGAUAAACGAAACCAAGUUUUAGAUAGAUGGCGCCAUCUCAAAGAUGCUCUCAUUGAGAAGAGAUCUAAACUUGGUGAGAGUCAAACACUUCAACAAUUUUCAAGGGAUGCCGAUGAAAUAGAAAACUGGAUUGCUGAAAAACUUCAAUUGGCCACAGAGGAAAGUUACAAAGACCCUGCCAAUAUUCAGUCCAAACAUCAGAAACAUCAAGCUUUUGAAGCUGAAUUAGCGGCCAAUGCUGACCGUAUACAAACUGUGUUGGCCAAUGGUGCUAAUCUUAUAGACAAGCGUCAAUGUGCUGGCUCUGAAGAAGCCGUGCAAAAACGAUUAGAAUCUAUAGCCGAUCAGUGGGAAUUUCUCACACAAAAAACAACAGAGAAGUCUUUGAAACUGAAGGAAGCCAAUAAACAGAGAACAUACAUUGCUGCCGUAAAAGAUUUGGACUUCUGGCUUGGAGAGGUGGAAAGUUUACUUACAAGUGAAGAUGCCGGUAAAGAUUUAGCUUCUGUUCAAAAUUUGAUGAAAAAACACCAACUGGUUGAAGCAGAUAUUCAGCAUCAUGAGGACAGAAUUAAAGAUAUGAACAAUCAGGCAGAUUCCUUGAUAGAGAGUGGACAGUUUGAUACAGCAUCUAUACAAGAAAAACGACAAUCAAUCAACGAGCGAUACGAACGAAUUAAGAACCUUGCAGCACACAGACAAGCACGUUUGAAUGAAGCCAAUACUUUACAUCAGUUCUUUAGAGAUAUAGCAGAUGAGGAGUCCUGGAUUAAAGAGAAAAAACUUUUGGUUGGAUCAGAUGAUUAUGGGCGUGAUCUAACGGGUGUGCAGAAUCUCAAGAAAAAACACAAACGGCUGGAGGCUGAACUUGCAUCUCAUGAACCAGCAAUUCAGGCAGUUCAAGAAGCGGGAGAAAAACUCAUGGAUGUCUCUAAUCUUGGAGUACCAGAAAUUGAGCAGCGUUUAAAAGCUUUAAACCAAGCUUGGGCCGAACUGAAACAGUUAGCAGCUACUAGAGGUCAAAAACUGGACGAAUCUCUGACCUACCAACAGUUCCUAACCAAAGUUGAAGAAGAAGAGGCUUGGAUAAGCGAGAAACAGCAACUUCUAGUAGUUGAGGACUAUGGCGACACGAUGGCUGCUGUACAAGGACUAUUGAAGAAACAUGAUGCUUUCGAAACAGACUUCCAGGCUCACAGAGAUCGCUGUAAGAAUAUAAGCGAUGAAGGAUUUAAACUUGUAUCAGAUGGUAACCACCAUGCAGAUAGUAUAAACCAACGUUGCCAGCAACUUCAAACAAAGUUGGAUCAUUUGGCAGCAUUGGCCGGUAGAAGAAAGGCUAAGCUUGUGGACAACUCGGCCUACUUGCAGUUCAUGUGGAAGGCUGAUGUUGUGGAGAGUUGGAUUGCUGACAAGGAGACUCAUGUCAAAAGUGAGGAAUUUGGAAGGGACUUGUCUUCAGUGCAAACCCUAUUGACUAAACAAGAGACAUUUGAUGCUGGUCUCACUGCAUUUGAACAUGAGGGAAUUCAAAAUAUAACUGAUCUAAAAGACAGACUUAUUGCCUCAAAUCAUGACCAAACUCAAGCAAUCCUUCAGAGACAUGCAAGUGUUAUCGCUAGGUGGCAAAAAUUAUUGAAUGAUUCUGAUUCAAGAAAGCAACGUCUGUUGAGAAUGCAAGUACAAUUUAAAGAAAUUGAAGAACUUUUCCUAAUGUUUGCUAAACGGGCUUCAGCCUUCAACUCCUGGUUUGAAAACGCAGAAGAGGAUCUGACUGACCCGGUUCGUUGCAAUUCUAUAGAAGAAAUACGUGCUCUCAAAGAUGCACAUGCCCAAUUCCAAGCAUCCCUGUCUAGCGCACAAGCUGAUUUUGAUGCUUUGGCAGCUUUAGAUCAACAAAUUAAGCUAUUUAAUGUUGGUCCUAAUCCUUAUACUUGGUUCAAUAUGGAAGCUUUAGAGGAAACUUGGCGUAAUCUGCAGAAAAUAAUUGCAGAGAGAGAUGUUGAACUGAACAAAGAGGCCCAAAGGCAAGACGAGAAUGACAAAUUGAGAAAGGAAUUCGCAAAGCAUGCAAAUGCUUUCCAUCAGUGGUUGACGGAAACACG